GCCGCCAUUUUCCGAGCUGCGCCGCCCUCAGGCGCCAGGAUCCAAGAUGGCGCUCGCCAGCGUCCUCCGUUCGGAGCUCCCGGAUUUCUCCAAAUCUUUCCCGAAAUCUUUUUCCAAAAGUUUUCCCGAGGAUUCCGAGGGGAUCCCCGAAAUCCUGCGGGAUGCCUCGGGCCCUCCGCGGGUCCUGGCGGCUCCGCCCUGGGGCGUUGAGGCAGAGCCGGAGGGGCCCGGGCUGCAGAUCCUUCACGGCACCACCACAUUGGCUUUUAAGGUGAGGGGAAAUCGCUUCAAAAUUCACUUUUAAACCCAAAAAUCGCGG